AUGGUAAAGAACCAAAGCAAGCUGACAAAGUCUCUUGAAGGGUUGACAAAGGCUAUACAAGAAAAAAAUGAAGUCAACAAGAGUACUCUGGGUCAGUUUGAGAAGACUGCCAACAAAUUCACAAGAGAUGUCACCUUAGAACUCAAGAAUUCUACAAAGUCUCAAACUGAGUUCAAGACUGAGUUGGUUGAAAUCUCCAAAAGUGUGAAAGAAAAGAUGGAAAUCCUUCAUAAUGACAAUGUUGAUCUGCAUAGAGUAUGUGCAGUCAACAACUUCAGAGUUGACUUGCUAAAUCACAAGAUGAGAGGAAUAUUUGCAACACCACUCAGCUCCUUCCCUGGUGAUGAUGACAAAAAGGGGGAGAAGACUGAAGCUGAGAUUGAGCAAGAAAAGGUUGACAAAGCAAAAGAAGAUGCUCAUGUUGCAGAUUACCUUGCAAGGCUUAAAGAAAGACAAUACAAGGCAAGAGCUGAGAGGGAAGCCCAAAAUAGAAGGUUGGUGGUCUUUGGUUCUAAAGAGGCUGAGAUAAAAAUGCCAGAGUUUGAGUCUGGUGGCAGAGGAGGUGAGGAGAAAGAAGAAAACACUGUUGAGGGGCAGACUGGUGAGAAGGUAGUAAAUGUUGGAGAGAUAAGGAUGGAUGAAAAUGAUGUGAUAGUUGAAGGAAAAGGGAAGUCUACACAAUCUGUCCCUGCACAAGCUAACCCAGCUCCAAAGGAAGCUGUUAUAAAUUCAUCAUCCAGUGAAGACCAAACCACCUUGGGCCAAUACAUGAUGAAGAAAAGGGAUGUUGGUGAAGGCUCAAGUGGGGUAAAGGUUCUAACUGAGGAAGAAAAGGAUUGGGAGCUUGCUGAAGUUAAUGCAAAGGAGAUGGGCAUCCCUCAGCUGUCAUCUUUGGAAUCUGAUCCUGAGCUGGCCAAGGCAUUACAAGAAAAAAUCAAUGAAGAAGACAAAGAACUGGCAGCUGUGGGAUCAAAGAAGAAAGAUGCAAGGAAGAAAAGAAGGAGAGUGAAGGUUCACACUACACCUUCUCAAAAAGUUAAAGAUGUGAAGAAAAGUGUUGAAGCUCAUGCAGGAUGGGAAGCUGUGGACAUCAAGAAUGUUAAAGAAAGACUAAAUUAUAGAAAGUAUCCACAGCCCAUCCAUCAGGUCUCUUUGAAAAGAAGAAAGGGAAAAACCAUUCCAAGCAUCAGAUGUACAAGAGAAGGAUAUGAGAAUACCUGGGAAACCUAUGAUCUAAGCAAUGUGCUUGAUCUGGGUUAUACAGAAUGGGUUGAACUACAUGAUAUAAUCUUCAACCAACCAGGUGUUCAUAGAGAGACUAUCUUGGAAGCACUUGAGAAGAAGUUUGCCAUCAUUAUGAAGCAUAAGAUUGAUAUCUCAAGUCUUCCAAAGCCAAAGAAGUGA